AUGUCAGGCCAAUACAGUGGAGUUCAGGCACGAAUAAAAGAAAUUAAUCCACUUGUUUAUUAUGUACCAUGUAGCGCACACUCGUUAAAUUUAGUUGGCAUAUCUUCUGCUGAAAGUUGCUCACAAGCAUCAAUGUUUUUUGGAUUUAUACAACAAUUAUACAACUUCUUUUCCGCAUCAACGCAUAGAUGGUCAAUUUUGCAAUUAAAUAUGAAACAUAAUGCUAAUACAAUUAAGAGUUUAUCGAAUACUAGGUGGUCGGCUCGCGCAGACGCAUGUCGAGCAUUAUAUAAUUCGUGGGACGAAAUUAUUAAUGCAUUGGUCACUAUCAAGGAUGACAUUUUCGAAAAAUGUGCUACGCGAAAUGAAUCAAAUGGUCUUUAUAAUCAAAUGCAAAAAUUAGAAACAUCAUUUAUGGUAAUUUUCUGGAAUUAUAUAUUAGAACGAUUUAAUGCAUCAAAUAAGCAACUACAAUGUGUUGAAAUUGGAAAUGAUAAAGUUUCUCAAAUUUAUACAUCACUUAUUAAUCUAGUACAAAAAACCCGAGAUAAUUUUAAUGAAUAUGAAACUAAAGCUAAAAAAAUAUCAAAGAUUACAGAGUACAAUGUUGAUAUAACUCGACAAAAAAAAAAAAAAAUACACUUCGAUGAAAAAGCUGAACAAACUGAGUUAAGUGGUGGAGAUAAAUUUCGAGUUGAAACAUUUUACGUUAUUAUUGAUAAAAUUACUAAUGAACUUGAAAAAAGACACCAGUCCUACAAAACGUUUUGUGAUUUAUUCGAAGUACUACUAAAAAUUACAUCUUUAAAUUCUUUGAAAAUAGUUGAGUCCGCCGAGAAAUUGCAAAAAAUGUACCCGAAUGAUUUGGAUAAUACAUUUUCGUCAGAAUGCUUACAUUUGCAAUCUUAUUUACUGAAUAGUAAUAUCGAUAUUGACAUCAAUAUUUUAACUCCAAUCACACUGUGUCAGUAUUUGAGAGAAAAAUCUUUACAUAUUGAAAUAUUUCCAAAUGUUGACACUGCAUUAAGAAUUUUCAUAAGUGUACCAGUAUCCAAUUGUACUACCGAGAGAUCAUUUUCAUGCCUCAAACGUGUAAAAAACUACUUAAGGUCCACUCAAAAUGAUGAGAAGUUAAACAGCUUAGCAUUAUUCUCUAUAGAAAAUGAAAUGUUAAAAGAAUUGAAUUGCGAGGAUUUAAUUGACGCAUUUGCCAAAACCAAAUGUCGACGUAAACCGAUCGUUUAA